UUCUCUCUCCUCAAAUUAAAAAAAAAAAAACUAUUGAAUAUUGCUCUCUGCUUUUUUGGUCUUUGCUGCUGCUACCCGGAUUUGUUGACAUCGUCGGCAAAGGUCACGGUCGCAGCCUCACCGGCCACCUCUCUCCGGAUCCAUUGUUAAGUUUAUUUGACACCAGGAGAGUCCAAAUCCUGGAUCUGCCUCUGAACCCAUGGGAGAAAACGCUAAACUUUUGAAAUCACUACUUCGUUUUGACUGUUUUUCCAUUGGAAAGACGAAGAAGAAGAUGAUGUUUCCAGAUGUUAAAAGCACUGGAAAUCUACUUGCCAGAGAAAAUAAUAGUGGAAAUUCUCAUCAGGUUACCUGUCCAAUCUCUUCUUCGAUUCAAAUGUAUUUCGAAAUCUUGUAACACGUUGAUCUCCCAUCCAAAAUUUAAGGAGAAACAUUACCAUCAUGCCAAGAACAAUAAAAAAAUUCUUAUCGCUCAAAUGCACCCUGGUACUCGUACGACUUCAUAUUAUUCUUCUUCUUUUUCUUCGUCAUUACAAAAGCUGGCAAAACAGCCUACUGACUACACAGUAUUAUGCUGUUAUGAUGGCUUGGUUCUUCUUUGGCAUUACAAUGAUCAUUUACUGUGGAACCCAUCCACAAAUGAAUUAGUACAACUUCCUAAUCAUGAAUUUCCAGACGCAAGCAGUACCACUUAUGGAUUGAGAUAUGACUCGACUAGUGAUGACUAUAAGAUUCUUAUGCUUCACAACCGUAGCUUUAGUUGCAGACCACUCAACAAAAUUCUUGCACUAAAAUGUGGUUCUUCGAGGAUUAUUUACAACCAUCCUCAUGGAUUUCGCCAUAGGAUGGGCCCUGAGGACGGUGAAUUUCAUUGGCUCUGUGUGAAUGAUUUAUCCAAGUAUUUUAUGAUUUCGUUUAAUAUAUCAAAUGAGGUGUAUGGAGAGAUAUCGUUGCCGGAGGGAAUUUGCAGUAUUUCCUAUAGGGUGGAGGUAACAUGUGGUGUUUCAGUAUUAGAAGGAAUGCUUUGUGCUUAUUGUACUUGCCCAGGAGAUACUGAGGAGGGCACUUUUAAGUUAUGGGUAAUGAAAGAGUAUGGUGUCAAAGAAUCUUGGACUAAAUUAUUCACUAUACGGGACACCCAUUUAGUAUUCACCAUACCGAAAUAUAUGUUUGCCGAUGGUGAAGUGCUACUCUUCUACAGAAAGGGUUUAUAUAAUAAUGGGUGACAUCCAAAGGGCCAUUUGAAUUGUUGCCUGCAGGUCGUUUCUACAUUGGAGGAUUCGUUUAUACGGAAAGUUUGAUCUCUCCGAAAUUACUUAUUUAGUAUUUUGUUUAGAUUUGAUCAAGUCUUGGAGUUCGUCCGUAGUGGUAGUUAAGAGUGCUUUUGUUUAGUGGUAGUUAGGAGUGUUUUUAAUUGUAUCUACGCCUGUAGUUGCUUGUUCGUGGUGUUAUGGUGAUGUCUUUGAUUUUGAAUAGAUAGUUUAUAGAAUUACGUACCUUGUGGGUGUCUUGUUUUCUUUAUUAUCUAGCAGUGUGUAUCCCAUUUUUGUUGUGUGUUUUUAUGUCUUUCAUUUGUUCGUUUGAACGUACUGUUAUCUGUCCUGAGUUGGGGGUCUAUCGAAAACAGUCUCCCUUGAGCCGGGGGUCUAUCAGAAAUAGCCUCUCUACUUCAUAUGAGGUAGUGGUAUGAACUAUGUAUACUUUACCCUCCCCAGACCUCACUUUGUGGGAAUAAACUGGGUAUGUUGUUGUUUUUUAUUAACUUGCCAGUUAUGGUUUCAAAAUGUGUUUGCCAACGCUGUUGGUUUUGCUUCUAUCAAAAUGUGUUUGCCAAUAUUAAUGUUGUUAUAUUUCGUCCUAUAUUAAUCAACAACACCAAUAACUUGCAUGUGGAAUUGGGAACUUUUUGAAAGUUCUGAUAUGCCAACCUGGAAAAACACUCAUGUCAUUGACACAAGUUGGAGAAUUUCUACUGUCAAUCCAACUUAGUUGCUGCGCGCGCGCUAGCAGGAGUAAACCAGAGGACUUAUGGCAUUGGGAACUUCUAGAAAAUCCUGAGACGUUGCAUCUAAAUAGCGUUUCUUUGGUUUUGUUCUUGGCACAUUCUUACGAGAUGGGCCGAAUAUGAACUUGAAGCUAUUGCACUCACCCAGAUGAAAAGGCUCAUCACAUUUUGAAUCAGCUCCUCUUUGAUGCACAAAUCUUAACCAUUGAUAUCCUAAACACCCUGCUGUUAAAAAUGUAUAUUUGUACCAAAUAUGAGUUGUGUGUGACUCUGAAGAGUAGAGGAACAGCCUAAAUCUAAAUAAGAGUUGUGGAUGCAGAGUACAACAUUAAUUUAAAAACCUAAAUGCAG